CACACUUCUCCAACAUGAUUUGGCUUGUGGCUUUCCUGUCCUGCAUUGGGCUGAUUUACGCUGAAACACCCUUCAACCAUAAUGUGCACAAUGAGAGGGUCAUAGGAGGCCACGAUGCCAAACCCAACACCUGGAAAUGGCAGGCUUCUCUCCAGUAUGACUCAUACAAUGACGGCUACUACUACCACAUGUGUGGAGGCACUAUCAUUGAUGCUUUCUACAUCAUGACUGCAGCUCACUGUAUCCUCAGCAUGGAUGCCAGUCAGUACCGUGUGGUGGUAGGGGAGUAUGACCUUUAUGAGUACGACGGCAGCGAGCAGUUCAUCCGCGUGGAGACGAUUACUGUCCACCCUGGCUGGAACGGAGACCUUGGCAAAGGAAAUGACAUUGCUCUCCUGAGACUGGCUAAUCCCGUGUACGACAACGGCUACGUGGCUGUGGCCAACCUUGUCAGCCCUGGCGAGAUGCUGCCUCAUGGGUUCACCUGUUACAUCACCGGCUGGGGACUCAUGGACUACGGAGGGAGCGUCCCUAAUAUCCUGCAGGUGGCUCCCAUCCCCGUGGUGGAGCACUCAGUCUGCUCCCAGCCUGGCUGGUGGGGCAGCAUUGCUCUGAGGACCAUGGUGUGUGCCGGAGGGGACGGAGUCAUAUCAGGCUGCCAGGGUGACUCUGGAGGUCCCCUGAGCUGCUUCACAGACGGAGCCUGGAGAGUCCACGGCGUUGUCAGUUACGGUCCGUCCGGCAUGUGCAACCAAGUGUCUAAACCCACCGUCUUCACCAGAGUCUCUUCCUUCACCGACUGGAUCUAUUCAGUUGUACAAUAGAUGGCACAGUGUAUUCUGUAAAAUGGAACGUGAGAAAUAAAAAUAAUUUGCAUCCCA